CACUUGAGACAUCCAGAUGGCUAUCCUGCUUUAGAAGGAGGUGGAACAAGCCUGUUUAUAGCUUAUUAAAAACACGUGAUCCAUAACCAGGAUACAGCAUAUGCGAGAAGUCAACAUUACUAGUGCAUAUGAUACUGAAAGCACCCUGUUGCUCUAGUACAGCAUAAAACCGUUUGAGUGCUCGCAGUUUGCUGUUAAAGCGAAAACUUGUAUUUGUGUAAUUGUCUGUUCAACAUCAGCUUCUUUUUUGGGGGGAAAGUAAGUGAGCACUGUCAUGGAGUACUCAGGUAAUGCACUUCCACUUUCAAAUUAUGCAGAUCAUGUGCCUCGACCACCAGGAUACAUACCACCACAAACUAUCGAAUCAAUGCCAGCACCACAGAGGCCUGUGGGCUGUCCACCAGGACUGGAAUAUUUGACACAGAUUGACCAACUGCUCAUUCAUCAGCAACUAGAGCUUCUUGAAAUUCUUGUAGGCUGGGAGACUAACAACAAAUACCAAAUUAAAAACAGUUUAGGACAAAAAGUAUUUUUUGCGGCGGAGGAAAAUGACUGCUGUACUCGAUACUGGUGUGGACCCCUUCGUUCCUUUACCAUAAAGGUCCUGGAUAACUUUGGCCAAGAAGUUUUAACCCUGAGCAGACCUUUGAGAUGUGCUAGCUGUUGCUAUCCAUGCUGUCUUCAAGAGUUAGAAGUACAAGCUCCACCAGGCAAUCCAAUUGGUUAUGUCAUUCAAAACUGGCAUCCCUUAAAACCGAAAUUCACCAUUCAGAAUGAAAGAAAGGAGCCUGUCCUGAAAAUUGAGGGUCCAAUUUGUCAUUGCAAAUGCUGUUCUGAUGUUGUCUUUGAGGUGAAAUCUCUUGAUGAAGCUCAGGUAGUUGGUAAAAUCUGCAAGCAAUGGACUGGCUUUCUUAGGGAGGCGUAUACUGAUGCCGAUAACUUUGGAAUACAGUUCCCUAUGGACCUGGAUGUUAAAAUAAAAGCAGUAAUGAUUGGUGCAUGCUUCCUCAUUGACUUCAUGUUCUUUGAACGAAAAGGUUAAGAAUCAGUCUGUACGUGAGAUUCAAGACUGUGGACCCACUGAAUCUAUUUUCCAUUUGGGCAUCUAUUUAAGUGCUGUAAUAAGUUUAGUAUGUGGCUGGUAAAUAAUGAUGCUCAUCUAAGAGCUGACAUGAUGGGAUCAACAAGGGGAAAACAAAAUACAUUUAUCUCCAGAAAGUUAUCACAUAAUUCUUUGUUUGAAUUAAAGAUUAUGCAGUCAUUUUUAAUUGAGAAAAUUCUUACUACACAUGUUUCCCAUCUAUUGCAUUGUUUUGUUUUUAUUACACAUUGUACUAUUAUGACUUCUGGUAGACUUUUGAAAUA